UUCGGCGUGCGGAGCUGCCUGCGUGCCCGUCUCAGCCCUCACCUUCCUGCGCGUCCCGGCGUCUUAAAAAAAAAAAGAAGACCAAACACAAGAACGAGGAAGAACGACACCAGCACGCGCAUGCGGGAAAACGCGAGAUUUGUCUUCUUUUUUUUCUUUCUUUAAAAAAAAUAAGAGAAGAAAAACCCGCAACCCCGCACGCCGCGCGAUGACUUAUGUAUGAGGACUCCAGUUUUGGGAUGCGGACAUCAACGAGCGUCUCCGCGGAGAGAAGCGCAUGAGAAAACCCAACGUGUCCGCUCUCCCCCUCCGACGAGCGAGAAGGACCCCUCCCCACCCCGGCCGCGACACCUCCGGCACACACCCGAGGAAAGGAUAACUGCCCCCUCGUAUUAAAGGCCGAAGGCGAAAGACGUCCCCGUCCGCCGGCUGACUGUAUGGCUUUAAAAAGUUGCAUGGAGAACAUGGACAUCUGACGUGCGCCCCCCGGCGUCAUUGGACACAUCGAGCGCCCCCCCCCCCCCUCCCCCCGCUCUCACUCUCUCUCUCUUCUCCAUCACACGGUGGACUGACUGUACUCCCCCCACACACACUCCUGCGCUUUGGCCGUGGAGUAAGAAGAAGUGUUCGGCAGUUGUCCUUUGCCCUGACACAGGCUCCGUCCAGCAGCGCGCCCUGCGUCCGCCCGAGCCGCGCCACAAGGCAGUGCCUGUUGUGCUGCGCAUUUGUUGUGUGAGUUAGGCGAGAGACAUAUUUUCUCCCAACUGACACCCUGCGUGACAUUUAGAAAAAGAAAGAAGGGAGAGCCUGUGAUUCAUCCGGACGAUCGACCCGCAUCACAGAGACGACACGGUGACGCGUCGGGUUUUUUCUUUCUUUCUUUUUUUUUUUUUUUUUCUCUUCCUCCAUCGCAACUUUAAAUCCCCGUCAAACCGAACAAGUGUCUCCUCACGUGUCUCCCACCCCUUCGAAUGCUCACGUCCCCUUUCGAGCGCCUUGUUUCUUUGGCUCACUCGUUUGGCAUCGACAAACAGCGCCAGCGGCCACGUAAGUGAAUGAGACGCGCAUCACCUGUCCCGGUUGAAGCGCCUCCGCACGACCCGACCGACCGACCGACGCGACGCCGAAGAGGAAUACGUGCCGAAGUUUCGCCGUAGUGAUGCUGCAAAUGGAAAUGGUCAUCUUCCUCUGCCUGGCGCUGUUGAUGUGUGUAUUUAGCCAGGAGCCCAGUUCCAAAGUGGUGGCCGACCGCUACGCCGUCUUCUGGAACCGGACCAACGCCAAGUUCCACCGUGGAGACUACCACAUCGACGUGUGCAUCAACGACUACCUGGAUGUCUACUGUCCUCACUACGAGGAGACGGUCCCCGAGGAGCGCACCGAGCGCUACGUCCUCUACAUGGUGAACUACGACGGCUACAGCACCUGCGACCACACCGCCAAGGGCUUCAAGCGCUGGGAGUGCAACAGGCCGCACUCCCCGAACGGGCCGCUCAAGUUCUCCGAGAAGUUCCAGCUCUUCACCCCGUUCUCCUUGGGCUUCGAGUUCAGACCCGGCAGAGAAUACUACUACAUAUCCUCCACCAUCGCUGAGAACGGGAGGAAAACAUGCCUGAAGCUCAAAGUUUUCGUCCGACCAUCAAACAGCUGUGUGAAAACUAUAGGCGUACAUGACCGUGUUUUUGAUGUAAACGACAAAGUAGACAAUACAUUAGAACCACGAGACGACACCAGCCAUGAACCGGCUGAGCCUUCCCGAAGCGACGAAACGAACGCUGCGCCGCACCUGCAGAACACAAGCCCAGUCCUGGCCCUGUUGCUGCUCUGCCUAUCAGCGCUCUUCACUUCAUAGCGCCUUCCUCUGUCCCGGGGGGGCGUUUACACCUAGCGUGGCCUGAAGCUGCCCACGGCUGCAGGGGGGGUGGCGGGAUUUGCGUGGAGCGCGUUGGCUCUUCACGCAUCAAAGCAGGCUUCUCAAGGAACCCUCUAUUUUUUUCAGAAAUAUAUUUAAGUGGUCUUUCUCCGUCUGUGAGUGAUUAAAAAGUUGAGGUUGCAGGUGGGAAAGACAGUUUCCCCCUCUUAAACUUUCAACUAAGAUGCCAAAUCCCCUUUUUUCGACACGCGAUUCUUAUUUUCCGGUGACUUUUGACAUCCCUUUAUGUCCUGUUUUAUGUAACUACAUGUUUACCCACAAACACAAAUACACAGCAAACACACCGACACAAUAACGACAGCAGUAGGGUUGUACAGUAGCAGCAGUAGAAGCGUGAAGGUGCUGGUUCUUAGAAAGAACUGUACAUACACAAAUAGAUGAGACCUCUCAAGAAGCCUUUUGGAAAAAUACAUUGAUACAAGUUCUGCUUGUUCAAAGGAAGCAGAUCAGGCCUCCAUUUCACAGGGAACGGCAGCUCGAAAGAUGAAGAUGUGAGAAGAGAAAAUGAUGGUUUCAAGCAGGUCGGACCGCAAACCACAGCGCUGAGAAUAACAUACGCGGCAUGCACCUUAGCGUCAGGCGGUCCUGGUUUACGGAUCGCACCCCAUUUCCUCCUUCCUGAAGACUAAAUGUGUGCUGCGGCUGCAGCGUUUUGUUGCCCUGCCGUGUGAAGAGCGCGACAGUCAGCUCAAUAAAACACCUCUCGCACGCGUUCGCUCCACCGUGACUCGCAAAACAGCUAAAUUGAAACUUUCUCGCCAGACAAUUUGCAGACUGUUAUUAAGAUCGAGGAUCAAUAUGUUUGGAAAGUUGAUCACACAAUUUCACGGCAACAGUCACAGUUAUUUUACGCAAUGUUUACCUAGCAGGGCUGCAAUUGUUCUCUCCGCUCUAUUUGACUAUUAGUCGAUAUAACACUCACAUAGACAUUUGUAUUCACAGCUCUCUUUUCAGUGGUAUUGAUUGUUUGAGUGAUUGUUUAAAAAAUAAUUUGCAGAUCAAUUUGAGACUUUAUUCUUUGUUAACUUUUAAGUUAUUUUAAGUUUUUGCCAAUUGUGUUUCUAAAAGAAUGUCUUUGACUUUCAUCUUUUCUUUGUUAGUACCUUCUGAAAUCAACUUAAACAGAUCACAUGGGGGAAGUGACACUUUAAAUCCCGUCUCACUUAAACCACAACCAUGAAAACUCAAACAUUAGUUAUCACAUUCAGUCGGUUCCAGCAGUUAGUGCAGCGUUCACAGGAAUAACGCAUAUCAUCAAGUGUAAAUGACACGAAUGGCGAAACCAACCAUUUAAUUCCAGGCAAUGCAAAGCUCUGUUUAGUCCAGUCCGGUUUAUGUCAGCACUUACACGAAUAAAGGAUUUCACUAUUUUUUAACGAUGUUCAGCAUCCUUCAGCCCCCACAGAUGCACAGGGCGAGUUAGCAUAAUAAAGGCUGCUUGGUCGCUUUUCAAACAACAGGGACUUAUUUUCAAAGACAUACGGAUUGACGGAGAGAGGAACCCUCCUUUUGGAGACGGGGCUUCUGCAUCAGCAAUGUGCCCCAGCUGGUUUUGAAAAAAGACAGAUUGAAACAGCGAAAUAGAGCAACAAAAGGAGCACAAGAGCAAUUGCAUGUCCACUGUUGGCUCCUCGAGUUACAGGUUUAAGUGACUCUUUAAUGAGGUUCCAAAUGACAGGCAUGUGGACCCCAUGUUGUGGCAAGGGAGUUAUUCCUGGUAUUAAAAAUAGAUGGCAGAAGGCUUGGGGGGUCUCAGGAGGGGAGGGA